AUGAACCGCGAGAACCUGGCGGCCAGCGAGCAGCUGGUGUCGCCGGCGUACGUGCGGCAGGGCGGUGAGGCCCGGCGCGGCCACGAGCACCUCGUCGGGCGGCUCCUGGAGAAGGGCAAGUGUCCAGAGGAUGGUUGGGAUGAAAGUACACUUGAACUCUUUUUACAUGAACUUGCCAUCAUGGAUAGCAACAAUUUCCUGGGCAACUGUGGUGUGGGAGAAAGGGAAGGAAGAGUGGCGUCUGCAUUGGUUGCUCGUCGUCAUUACAGGUUUAUUCAUGGAAUUGGACGAUCCGGUGAUAUUUCUGCUGUGCAACCAAAAGCUGCAGGCUCUAGCCUUUUGAACAAAAUUACCAAUUCUUUGGUCCUUGACAUCAUAAAGUUGGCUGGUGUCCAUUCAGUGGCCAGUUGCUUUAUAGUUCCUAUGGCAACGGGUAUGAGUCUAACCCUGUGUUUUCUAACAUUACGACACAAAAGACCAAAGGCAAAGUACAUCAUCUGGCCACGAAUAGAUCAGAAGUCAUGUUUUAAAUCCAUGGUAACUGCAGGUUUUGAGCCGGUGGUGAUAGAAAAUGUUUUGGAAGGUGAUGAGCUGCGCACAGACCUGAAAGCAGUGGAGGCCAAAGUCCAGGAACUCGGGCCUGAGAAUAUUCUGUGUAUUCAUUCUACUACAUCCUGCUUUGCUCCAAGGGUGCCAGAUAGAUUAGAAGAACUGGCUGUGAUUUGUGCUAAUUAUGACAUUCCACACAUAGUCAACAAUGCCUAUGGGGUACAGUCUUCCAAGUGCAUGCAUCUCAUCCAGCAGGGGGCUCGGGUUGGUAGAAUAGACGCUUUCGUUCAGAGCUUGGACAAAAAUUUCAUGGUUCCAGUAGGUGGUGCUAUAAUUGCUGGCUUUAAUGAUUCCUUCAUUCAGGAAAUCAGCAAGAUGUAUCCAGGAAGAGCCUCUGCGUCGCCUUCUUUAGAUGUCCUUAUUACUUUGUUAUCACUUGGAUCAAAUGGCUAUAAGAAGUUGUUGAAGGAAAGAAAGGAAAUGUUUUCAUAUUUAUCCAACCAACUAAAGAAGUUGUCAGAAGCCUACAGUGAGCGACUGUUACAGACACCUCACAAUCCCAUAUCAUUAGCUGUGACACUUACAACACUGGAUGAGCACCACGGCAAAGCCGUCACCCUCCUCGGCUCAAUGCUUUUUACCAGACAAGUUUCUGGAGCCCGGGUUGUGCCUCUUGGUUCUGUGCAAACUGUGAGUGGCCACACUUUCCGAGGCUUCAUGUCGCACACAGACAGCUACCCCUGUGCCUACCUCAAUGCCGCUGCAGCCAUCGGAAUGAAGACACAGGAUGUGGACUUGUUCAUAAAGAGACUUGACAAGUGUCUAAAGACAGUGAGAAAAGGACAACAUAAAGAGAGUGAUGUGUCUGGAGGUGACAAUUAUGGCAAAACUGAAGAUGUGGCUGUUGAAGAAACAGCUUUAGAACUAGAUAGUGUAUUUCCUGGCACAGGCCAGCACACUUCUUUAUGACAUGUGAAGGGUUUAUGAAGCUCUAUGACAAAGCACUGUAAAGACCAGAGAUUUUUGAAUUGUUUCAUAGAGAGUAUCCAGGUGAGGAAUACUCUGUGAUCUGACACAGCUUUGAUGAUUGCUGUUUUGGACUCAGGCUGCCUCAACCUUGAUGAGCCUUAACAGGUUAUCAUGUACACUAUCUGUCAGUUCAACUUCACAAUUCAGGUAAUUCUAAUACCAUACUGUGAAAUGCUGUCUUCUUCUCUCUGUGAUAUAGAGUGCUUCUUCCUAACCAUUCUUCAGCAUUUUCAGGUAGAUGUCUUGUUUCCAGUCACACAGAAUUUGAGAAGAUCACUUUCUAAUGCUCGUCAACACUGAAUGUUUGCUCAGGAGUUUCUGUGUCUGUACAGGGACACUCCCUAAGGGAGCAUAGCCAAGCUGUAAACUUGAGACUCGCUCUUCAAUGUAGUUGGUUAGAUUUGAUUUGAUUUGCACAACUGGGAGAAUGCUGUUGACAUUUGAUGGACAGAGGCCAGGGAUGCUGUUUGUCAUCCUACCAUUCUUGUUUCUGUGGAAAGAUCCAGUCCAGAAUGUCAGUGGUGCUGAGGUUUGAGAAACACUGUUCUGAAGGAGGUGAGCACCUCAGUGAAGAGGAAUUUGUCUCAGCAGCAUUACAUGAUGGGGGUCCCAUAGGAUUAUACUACUCAGUGAUGUAGUAUCUGGGCUUGUUCAAGCACAUGUCAGCUAACAGUACCUUUCUCAGACGGUGUCUACUAAGUAACUUGUGACUGUACUUCGAAGAGUCUUAAUGUGAUAGCCAGGGUCAGUAGUUCUAACCAUAUCAUUACACACUGUUUUCUAUGGCACUUGUGCGUUUUCCCAUUUGGACAAGUAAGAACUUCAUUGUAUAUACUGCUUUGGAUUUAAGCAGGCACUGUGUACUGACGGGUUAGCUGAUUGGUGUGUGCAGCCACCAUGAGGACUGGUCACAUGGGUAGUCUGAACGUUUCCUGCCGAGGACGGGGAGAGGAUGGAGCAUGGCAAAGAUGUGUGUUCUCUUGCUGCCCAUGGGUUCACUUUUUCCCUUUGAGUCUGAAAUUCCAGACAGUGGUUCUAAUGAUGACUUUUGUUAGCUUUAAGAAGCAGACUAAAGAGUUAGUGAAGCCUCUGACUACAGCACCACCAUAUCUGUGUUUCUCAAAACCUGCUCCGUGGAGCAUGGUUCAACAUGCUCAUGGUGGGCAGGGUUCCAUGAACAAAUAUUUUUGGGAAAUGCCUGUGUAAUCUUGUUCACCACACAUUAAAACCUCUGUAGGGAUUCCUUUGAUUUCUGUGACCAUGGGUCAAACUUUAAGCCUCCAAGUUUAAACUCUAGCAAAAACUGGAAUUUCAAAACUGCUAUAAAAGAGAGGGUUAAUAAUAAAAGCUGCAGCUGAUUUUAUGCAUCAGAAACACAGUGAGUAAAGACUGGCUCACUUUGAAUAAAUCCUUAUUCAAAAACAAACCUGAUUUUAAAAGUGAAAUACUCAUUGAUAUCCCCUAGAAUCCACUCUGCAAAACGGUAGUAGCUAGUGCUGUGUAGCCUCGUGGAGUGACGUUUUCUACUGGUUCUGGCAGUGGGAGCUCUGUGUGAGGAGGUUUUCUGCUAUGCUGGCGAGCUGUGUGUGAUCUUCGAGGGUUUCUCAACAUGGGCUCAGGCCGAUACUGCCUAUGUGUAAGUUAAAAGAUCUGACAAACUGGUUGAUGCCUGUGGAAGUUAAGACUGGGUUGUGAUAAAGUUCUUUCAAAUAUUGGUGAUUUUAGAAUGUGCUCUAUUGUGGGGGAUCAAACACUGAAACAAUUCUUAAAUAACUACAGUGCCAUUCCAAAGGAGUAAAUUCUGGCUUGAAAAGGUGUGUGCUAUUUUCUGUUUUCUGACUGUAGGCUUUAAUUGUAGCCCCAGUGAAGCUGAGAAGGCCCAUGGUCCUUUGGAGCCCAAGAAGCUAGAGAUGAUGGUGCAACAGUAAAUGCUGGUGGUGCAGCUACUGUGCGUCAGGCCAAAUGGUCUUCUCGAACAAGUGACCUGUACCAUGCGACCAUCACUUCCCUUAAGAAAGGCCAGAGUCAAGGGGCUGGAAAUGCUUCCUCGUCUGCAGAGUGUCAGCAGCAGUUCCUGGGCUUCAGCUGCUGAAUAGAUAGUAAUUCUAACUGAAGAUAAAUUAUAUGAACCCACAUGCGAAUGAUAGAUAUGUCACACACUCUUGUUUCUGAUGCAUAAAAUCAGCUGCAGCUUUUAUUAUUAGCCCUCUCUGUUAUAGCAGUUUUGAAAUUUCAGCUUUUGCUGGAAUUUAAACUUGCUGGCUUAAAGUUUGACUCACGGUCGUAGAAAUCAGUGUUUUUGAAGGGAUGUUGUAGUUUCUGUGUAGGCAAGCUCCAACCCAGUAUCAUUUUCCUCAUUCUGUCUAUCAUUUCCACAGAGAAGGGUUAACAUGUGCAUGAUGAUUUCCUACAAAGUAUGCAUAAUGACCAAUAAUUGUUCCUUACUCACACUGUGGGGAGAGGGGUUGUGCCUCAGCUCUCAGUGUGGCUCUGAGGCCCUCCCUGGUGGUUGCUCCCUACCAGGGAAUGAGUGUGAGCCCAGGGUUACACACACAGUGCUGAAUAGAAACUUUUUGUUUAGCUUUUUGUGUGUUGAAUUCAGUUAUAGGAUAUGAAUUCUUGAAUAUAGUUCUCUUCAGCUGCUAGACACUUGAAUGGUAAAUUUAUUUUUUCCUAGUAGUUUGAUCCAGCACAUAAUUCUACUACAGUUCUGUUUCCUUAAAGACACCAUAAUAAGAAUGUCUGAGGCCUGGGCUACAGAGUGUGUCUUUGCCUAUGGUGUCCAAAGAUCUUAGUAAAAUUUAACUUAACGUGA